ACACCACAAAAGACAAGGUGUGAGAAGCGUCUCUUGUUUCUCGUGCACAUUACAUAAUAAGCUUGGAUGCAUAGCUGAUUAUUUGAUCUGGACGUCCACCUCUGCACCUUGUGAUCCAGAAUAAACACCACGAUCAGCUUUCUUGUUCGCAGCGCCCGCAGGAAGCUGACCAUGGCCACAAACAUCUCUGCUAUCGUUGCUUUCAGAGGAACAAGUGAAAGUUAUUUUACAGAAGACUUCCCAAGGUCUACUACAGCGUCCUUCGCCGAUAACGUCACCGUAAACUCCACAGAAUACUACUACGACAGUUACUCUGACUACCCCGAGGGUGACUAUGGGAGGUGUGUGUACGAGCGUCACGGGGCCACUUUUCUUCCAGCCCUCUACGCGUUGUUCUUCCUGCUGGGCCUCCUGGGCAACUCCCUGGUCCUCUGGGUCAUUACUCGUGGCGUGCGCCUCCGCAACAUGACCGACGUGUGCCUCUUGAACUUGGCUGCUGCCGACCUUCUCUUGGUGUGUACGCUCCCCUUCCUGGCCCACCAAGCCCAGGACCAGUGGCCGUUUGGGGAUGCUAUGUGCAAAGUGAUCCUGGGUAUAUAUCACAUUGUCUUUUACUGUGGGAUCUUUUUCAUCAGUCUAAUGAGCAUCGACCGCUACUUGGCUAUCGUACACGCCGUCUACGCCAUGAGGGCACGGACGAGAUCCUUUGGAAUGAUCGCAGCUGCCGUUACUUGGUUGGCCGGAUUCUUGGCUUCUUUCCCUGACCUGAUCUUUAUCAAACAGCAGCCUGGUGCUAAUAUGUCUCAUUUCUGCUUCCGUGUAUUUCCCAAUGCGGCUUUGAAUGACACCGCUCACUUCUGGAGGCUCUUCAGCCUUUUCAAAAUGAACAUUUUGGGCCUAUUCGUCCCAGUUCUCAUCAUGGGUUUCUGCUACUCACAGAUUGUCUGGAGGCUGCUGUACAGCCAGUCAUCCAAGAAGCAGGCCAUCCGUUUAGUUGUCAUAGUGGUCGCCGUUUUCUUCUGCUGCUGGGUCCCCUACAACGUCGCAUCCUUCUUCAAAGCACUGGAGCUGUUGCAAAUCAACACGGUAUGCGAGAGCAGCAAAGCCAUCAGGUUGGCUUUACAAGUCACCGAGGCCAUCGCCUACUCGCACAGCUGCAUCAACCCCAUCCUGUAUGUGUUUGUUGGGGAGAGGUUCAGGAGGCACCUGCUGAGGAUGAUAAACAGGGCUCCCUGCAGGCUGUGUCGGGUGCUCACGGUCUGCAUGCCUCAGGACAGGAACGGCGGAUCGGUCUACUCACAGAACACCAGCCUGGACGAGAGGAGCACUGCUGUCUGAUGAGCGUUUCCGGUCGCUCCCGUCCGCGUGGUCAUCUCCACAAGGUUAACGAUGGGGCGAGCGACAUGUGACUCAAGCCUGAUCUUAUGGCGUCGCGGUGUCGCAAUGGUUACAUGCAAGCAAACAGUGUACCAUGUGAUAUUUUACCUUGUAUGUAUGCAUCUUUAAAACGAUGUAUAAUGGAACUGUGAAAGUAGUUUUGGAAUACGCUGCCGGCUGAAGCUCAGUGAGAAACUGUGUCAACGAGAACAGCUGUCAACAACGUCAGAAGCCUGAGUAACCUCAGCUAGUCAUCAGCCGCUUAAUUAAAAAACAGUCAGAAGCCAGAGCCGAGCUCAAGAUAGCGAACAUUUCGUCGCAUUCAAUCAAGGGAAGACGGCCCUAAGACAAGCAAAAAAAUCUAUAUUAUAUUACCUCCCUCACAACUGCAUCGGUUGUGUGCCAAACUGUUGAAAAAAAUAUAUAAAAAUAAAAAUAAAAAAGGUACCUGGAAACAUUAACAGCGGAUGCACCUGACCUCAACCUAGAGAAAACCACCACCUGAGAGGAGGGGGAGGAAGUACGCAACCAAAGUGUCAGUGUGCAGAAAUGUGCAUGUUGCUGUAAAAUGGUGAACAUAUCUCUGCAGUAUCCUAUUCAAUCGAUUCACAGUCAGUAUUCCACCAUGAGUCAAAGAUAUGAUUUAUGUAGAACCACGUGGGGAGCUCUUUUUUGUUCAAAGUACAUUUCACAUAUAGGCAGGACUUUUUUUUAAUGUCAUCUUUUAAAUUGAUUCAGUAUUGCACUCUCUAACGAGAGAGAGAGAGAGAGAGAGAGAGAGAGAGAGAGAGAGUCCAUAAACACCAAAUCCAUGUCUGUUUAAUACUUAAAAGCCUGAUGACAUCACUGCAACAUUGUCGGGGUCGACACCACCAGACAAGCAAGCGCCUUCAUGGGGGGAGUAAAGUGGUUACAUGCAACAUCCUCUGUCUGAGAGUGACACGUGUUCUCGCUCUCUUCCCCUCCCUUAAGAGAACACGUUCUCAUAAAUGACAGUAGUAUUUUUCAGUAGAUUUUCAAUGAUGGUAUUAUCAAUAGUAUCUUUACUAACUUAUAUAAUGUUCCUUACGUUUAUGUUUGUAUUCUAUUGUAUGGUGCCGUGUUAUAUUCUGAAGAGUAUAGCAUCACAUUGUGAGCAUUUGUAGUUGUUUUUAAACAAAGAGACCUUGUGCAGACCGGGUGACACGUUAUGUUUAAUAUGCAUGUAAG